GAUGAUCCUGCGGGGCAGCCCGGCCAUCUUGUCUCGUCGGUGCAGGCUCGGGGCGCGCCUCCGCUCGGGGCGCGCGCACGGCCGGAAAGACCCGCGCCGCGCUUCCUGCGGCGCCGCCCUGCGCGCGCGGCGCCGGGAAAUGUAGGAUAGAGGGAUCGGAGUGUGGGGGCAGCGCCCGGCACGGACUGAGUGAAGCCAUCGGCAGCGGGGCCUGCGCUGCCAGCGCGAAACGUCUGCCCCUCCCUGACCUCUAGCUCCUAGAGUGUUCUGCAGAGAAGUUCUUUGAGUCCCAUCUUGUCCAGGACUGGUUUCCUCUCUGCUGUCAACAUGGCAAUGUCACUUAGAACUGCAUGGUCCAGCCUCUUUUGGAUGCGUUCAGUAGCAGCCUGUAAGCAGGUCCCACUGCACAAUGGAGCUCUGUCUCGUGCUUGCCAGAAAUCUACAUACUCAGUUCUCCCUGACGACUACAAUUGCAAAGUGGAACUUGCAGUGACAUCCGAUUCGAAGACAAUUGUCUGCUAUCACCCUUCGCUUGAGAUUCCAUACGAGCAUACAAAACCCAUACCACGGCCAUAUCCUGUGAAUAAUAAAGAAGAAAACCUUGAUCAAGUUUUAAAAUCCAGAUUGAAUGAAAAAGAGCUAAAGAACAGUAGAGGUCCUACAAUUGAAGAGCUCAGCAAAAUGUUUUACACAACAAAACAUCGCUGGUAUCCUGUGGGACAGUAUCAUAGAAGACGCAAGAAUCCUAAUCCUCCUAAAGACCGAUAAUGAAGAUAACUUUGCUGUUAAUUUUGAUUGGAAAUAAAAGCUACAGAAAGUGA